AUUUUAUUGAGGAAAAAAAAAAUCAUGUUUCUUCAAAUUUUAAUAUUUGAACAUAGUACGCUUAUAGCACCAAUAGUUCUUUUAUUUUUUAUUUAUGUUAUGUACGCUUUCAUCGUUAUCAAGCAGUAAAUAGUAUUAUCAAAAAAUAUCCUGAUCCUAAUAUUAUACUUGAAAAUCAUGAUAUUGCAAUGGAAAUUUAUAGCAACAUAUUUCGCAAAGAAUUUCCAUUAUUUGCUAGAUGUUCGCUUGAAUUUGCUCUUUUUAAGCCGUUUUCUAUGCCAUCCGUCAGUAAACUCCUUGUUUCCACAAGAGAAUUUUUGGAUAGAUGUCCUCGUCGAGCUGAAGACACAGAGUUAAUUUUAUCAGAAAUGAUUGAUCCUUAUCCUCGUAUUCAAAAUGAACUACGUCGUAAUCCACAUAUCACAGAAAGAGAAGUCAUUAAACAAUAUGAAAGAAGAGAAGCGGCUAUUGAUAGAUUGAAUGAAAUUCAUGGCAAAUAUCCUAUUUCAGAUGAAGAUUAUCUUUAUACAUUAGUUUUAUUUGUAGUAGAGCCUAUACGUUGGAUUAAUAGUUGGGAAUGGCGUAAACUAGAUAUUCGAGAAAUCAAUGCAAUCUUUAAAGUUUGGCAUGAAAUUGGGACAAAGAUGAAAAUAAAAAACAUACCAGAUACGCUAGAUGAAUGGUACAAAGUCCAAAGGGAAUAUGUUGUAAAAUUAGUUAGUUAUCAUCCAAACAAUUGGCGUUGUGCAGUCCCGACUAUUCAACUUUUAGGAAGCAGACUUCCUAGCUUUAUGUUGCCUCUUCUGUACAAGAUUUUGCCAUGUUUAUUAGAGGAAAGUGAAUGUAAAGCAUUUGGUAUUCAGUCUGCCUCAAUUUUUAUGCGAUUUAUAUUUAAUAUAUCCAUAUCUUUACGAGCUAUUUUUAUACGUUAUUUGUGUCUUCCAAGAGAUAUAUACGACUUGAGAACACCUUUUCAUGCAAAUGAAAAAGGGAGAUAUGUUCCUCAUUAUUUUAUAUACAAGCCACAUAUUUACUCUAAUGGUUAUCGUGUUGAAGAACUUGGUCCUGAAAAGUUUAUGCCAAAAUGUCCUGUCUUGCAUGUCUCCUAAAGAAAAAAAAAAAGAAGAAAAGGAAGAAGACGAUAGUUAUAAUAUAAGCAAUAAUAGUAAACUUUAAUAAAAUUUUCGUUAUAACUA